AUGACCACCAGAGUAGUAGAAAGCUUUCCCACUAUCUCGUCCUUCUUGGCUACUUGUAUUACUUCUACUACUACUACUACUACUACUACUACUACUACUACUACUACUACUACUACUACUACUACUACUACUACUACUACUACUAUUACUACC